CUUAGCAGAAGAUACCUUCAGGUUUCAAUACAGAAAAGCACAAUGAAGCUGAUAGACACUAAACUUUUAAAACUUCUUGCCUUUAGUGGAGCCUUUCUCUUGCUAGUAGCUGUUGGAGGAGUGAUUGCACUGGUGGUAAUAGCAAUUCACGGCAAUGUCAAGUGUACAAAUACAGGAUGCAAAAAUUCCACCAGUCUCAUAAAUUGCAACUGUGGAACCUUAAAAGCUGCAACCAGCCGGAUAAUCGGAGGAAGUGAUGUUAGAAAUGGGCAAUAUCCAUUUCAAGUUAGCCUGCAAACUAACAACUCACACAUAUGUGGAGGGACGCUGGUUUCCUGCUCCUGGGUGCUCACUGCUCGACACUGUUUCAGUAGGUCCAAAAAUCCACAGGACUGGGUAGCUGUAGUUGGAACAGUGAAUUUGAAUGAUGUGACUUCCCCUAAUAUACAGGAGAGAGUUAUCAAGAAUAUUGUCUACUAUGACUUAAACACUUCAAGCAGUGCUGUCGAUAAUGAUAUUGCUCUUGUCGAGCUCCAAAGCCCUGUCGCAUUUAAUGAAUUUGUUCAGCCUGCAUGUCUUCCUCUUGAUACAACAAAGCUGACUACCGGACAGACAUGCACGAUUCUUGGCUGGGGAUUAACAAGUGAAAAAGGUUCACCGAGCUUCAACCUUUUACAAGCACAGAUAAACCUUUACAACAGCUCUGAAUGCCAGAAACAGUUAGAAAUGCCCAUAACUAAAAGUAUGAUCUGCGCUGGGAGGCCAAAUGGUGGUGUGGAUACAUGCCAGGGAGAUUCUGGAGGUCCAUUACUAUGUGCAGACCAGGAAACCAAUAAAUGGAUAGUAGCAGGCAUCACAUCAUUUGGAAAAGGCUGUGGAAGACAGAAUUCUCCAGGUGUCUACACACGAACAACUGAAUUUAACUCUUGGAUUAGAAGCUACGUGUUUUCAUAAUACAGAAAUGCAAUUUUAACUUGGGACAAUGACUUGGAUUGUCAUGGUAUUUGUAUUUUCUGUGAUUUGAAAGGUCAUGAGUUCAGUCUGCAUUUCAUUUUUGGAAGAAACUUGAUCUUUUUGCUAGAGGUGUUCUACAGUAAGCACACUAGACAUGCUGUCUGAAGCACUGCAAGUGAAGGUCUAAAGUACAUGCUUAUACUGCGUGUGUACAUGCAUUUAGUGUGUGCUUUAUUUUAAAGUUGUAAAUCUAACUACAUAAAAGUCUGUUUUUGAACAUUUACUUAGUAUCAAACAACGUGUAAGAUUAAGUUGUCACAAGAUGCAUAUGCUAAGUAGGUCAAAAAUACUACAGUGAUUAUUUCACCAAGUGAAUAAUGCAAAAUGUAUGAUGUAUUCAUUCUAUGUUUCACAGUGAAACUAGACUAUGUUGGUGCCAAUUGGCAUAAAAUGCACUGUGUCAGUGCUACAUUGUAUUAGAGAUGCAAUAUAUUUGAUCAAAGGUGCUGUUUGUUCUUAGUUAGAAAUAGAAUGUGUACUUCUCUGUUUUCUGUGUGUUGAGUUAACCGAAUAUUUAGACAUAUAAACAUAGUCAUUCAGUCAUUUCGCACUGACAUCUAUUUGUGUUCAUGCAUAAUGUCAAUGAUGUUUUCAUGAUUUUGCUUCUGUCAUUGCCGAUUAUCUUUAGUAAAUACUAAAUCCUUUGUUUAGAGAUACCAUACUCUAGACACGUGUACACUUUUCUUCUCCCAGUCUUUGUUGUUUUAUUUUAGCUCAUAUGACUCAUCACUUGGAAUGCAAGAAUAUACAACAGUGAAAGAGAAAUUUCUACACACUAAAUCAGAUAAUCAGAUAGUCAUUAAUAUACUAUUUAGGCCACACUGAAGACAAAACCUGAAAAUUAAAGAAAAAACAAAAACAUCUUCAUGGCCUUUUCCCCGUAACUCUUACUGUAAUCCAAACAAUUUGGGAGGACCAUGAAUACAAUACUGUCUCCAGUAUUUAAAACAGUGUUUGUAUUCAUAUGAAUUUCCCAUAAAUGUAAACAAUAUUUGAUGUAAAAGAAAAGUAUUUCUGUAGGCAUUUGCUUAUAUGUUUGCAUUUAUCUGCAUUUUACAGAUAAAUAUUUUAUUCUAAAACUGGCUGUUAUUGAUCUUUUUGGGUCUGGUAAUGCUGGAGCCUUUUUUGUAAUUGUUUAUGUAUUGUUGUUCUUCAAUAAAUAUUUAUAUUUACAUGUAA